GAUUUUCACUCUAAGCCUGGUGUUCAUUGGAGAGCUUAGUCUGUCUUCAGCCCAAAACAUGUGCAAUUCAAAUUCUGAUUGUCGGGAUGAGGUCUUUCCCGAUAAAUUGUGCUGUAGGGGAUAUCGGAAUACCAGAAGAAGCUGCUACGACCAACCUUCGUGCGUCGGUCGCUUUUGUUGGACGGACGGUGAUUGUGGAGGGAAAGACGAAUGCUGUAUAUCAAACAAGUGCGCCGUAUUCGGUUGUAAAGAAUGUAAUUCUAGUCUUGCCUGUGCCUUGUUCGAAUACUGUUGUGAACAUCAAUACCUCAACGAUCAUAAUAUUUGCCGACGAAGCUGCGUUGGAGAAACGUGCCAUUCCAGUUGGGACUGUGGAGGUCUUGGAGAAUUUUGCGACUCUAAUAAUGUAUGUGCCGUUACAAGCUGUGUUACAGAUGGUGAUUGUAGUGGAGAUGAAUGUUGUUGGUCUAGAAAAUGCGUUCGCACUGGUUGCUCGCGGUGUUUAUCUAAUUCUGACUGCGCCGCUUCGGAAUUUUGUUGUAAGCGUGGCAGGGACGUCAGCGUUUGUCGGAGACGCUGUGUCGGGGAGAAAUGUCUCUCGGACAGUCAUUGUGGAGGACCUUGGGAGUAUUGUAAUUUGAAUACAAGCAAAUGUGAGAAAUCUUCGGCAACGGGGAUUUGUAAUUGUUCCACAGACGGUGAUUGCAGUGGCGAUGCGUGUUGUCUGUACAGCAGAUGUGUCACCGCAAGUUGCCCGCGGUGUUCUGCAAAUUCUGACUGCUCUAAUUUGGAAUAUUGCUGCAAAAGAGGUCCGUACGAUAACGUGUGUCGGAGAAGCUGUGUGGGCGAAAAAUGCGCCAUUGAUGGUCAUUGUGGGGGCCCUGGAGAAUCUUGUGAUUUGAGCAAUCAUACAUGUGGGAAAUCUAUGAUUUCAGUGGAUGUUAAAUGUUUUACAGACGGCGAUUGUAGUGGCAAUGAAUGCUGUCGAUCUAAUAAAUGUGUCACCGUGGGUUGCCCGUCCUGUUCCUCCAGUACAAACAAACGUAAGAAAGAACUUGCUUCCUGGGUCAUUCCGGCUAUUAUUUUUGGAAGCGUUGUGUUGGCUAUCAUAAUUGGCUCAAUUCUCGUCUAUCGCUGCUGUCGCGGUCCGUUCCGACGUGGUGCGGAAGUCCGACCCAUGGCAGCGCAAGGCAACGCUUCUGUUAUUGCUCUAAGAGAAAGUGAGAUUCGCACAAAUCGAGAGCAUCAUCGUUCUUCACCUCCGUCAGCGCAUAGCUUCCUCCCUUAUCGCAAUCAGGAUGAGCUUUUUCCACCCCGUCAGACCCACCGAUUACCCCCGUCAGAUUCGUGAAAUCUAUUCCAAUGAGCAUGGCCCCUACAUUUUGCUUUCCUAUGAGCAUUGAUGGUAUAUCAGUAUGGGUCUGGGGAUGACUGAUAAUAAAUCGGGAAAAACUGCAUGCAAAAUAGCCAACUUCUCGGCCUAUAACCUCGAUAUCAUAGUAAUAAAGAAUAAGGUGCAACAUGGCGAUACUUUGGUUAGUGGGUAAAUAGCUUUAAAACUUAGCGAAGAGAACAUACUUCAGAUAGUUUAUAUGGUUUGUAGUUUUUCACAUGUCACCAAAAGCCUUCUUCAAACAACGAUUCGUGUUAUUAUAAUUA